AUGGGAGACCUUCUGUCUUUAUUUUGGGAGGUGAAUCCUCCUCCUCUACCUCUCAGUUUUCCCAUUCCAGGUCAGGAUGCUGAGUGCCGGAAGGAGGACUCUUGUGGGACAAUAGGAAGUUUCCUGCUUUGGUAUUUCAUCAUCAUACUUAUCCUCAUGCUGCUGUCUCGGGCUUCUGUCUGGAUGUCGGAGAACAAAAGGGACGAGGACAGUGGGACAAGUGCUACCACCGGCAGCAAAGCAAGCAAAGAAACUUCCUGUAAGCGACUAAGUAAAGAUGGAUUCUGGGAUGCUUUGCGAGCCACAAAGAAGCCAAAGCAGAACCCCCUUUCCACAAUAACUGACUCCGAAAUGGCUUUGGUCAGUGCCUACCUUGAUCAAAGACGAGCCAGGCGCCAUUCCCAGUUCUCCCGGGUGAAUCCCAUCCAGCAGGACAGUGAUACCACCGAAUGUGGCAGCGAGGAGUCUAACUCGGGAGCGUCUUCCUGGAAGGAGAGUGAGAGCGAGCACCAGCCUGCCAGCGGUAAGAGGAGAAAAGCAGUGUCCUACCAAAUCAGAGAAAGGCCCUGCCUCCACUGCAAAGCCAUGAGAACCAAUGAGUGGCUGACUCGCCACUUCCCUCCGAGCAACUCAGUCAGCCCCCUGAGGGGAGAGGCUCAAGAGGAGGAUUUGACACCUGCCACCAAUACAAAAUUAAGUAAAUUUUGAAUUUUGCCACCUUUACCUUUCUUGAGGUCAAAAGGAGAUGAAUAAAACAUGAGAAUCAGAGUUGUAGGUGAAGAGACAUUUACUAAGAACAAAAGUAUAACUGGAGCCCAAGAGGCCAAGUUUCAGACAAACUAGCUGCUCAAAACAAG